CGUACAAAGAGCGCUGUGCUAAGAAGGAAAAAUUGGGAUACAAACGUAAUAAACCAUAGACAUAGCAGUUAGCAGACUUGGUAACAUCAAUAAACCAGGGUGGGUAAAUAAAUAUGAAUUAAUGACAUUAUCCCUAAUUCCCUAUCCAUAAUAAAGGGCCAUAGCUUACAACGUGAUAUUUGUCAAAGGAAAAUGUCAAAAAGAUUUGGGAAACCUGUGAAUUUAACACUCAAAUCUGACCUUUAUAAUUGAAACUUUCUCAACCAGUUGAGUUCACUUUGCAGAGACACAAAUCGCAAAAGUCAGGAGCCGCUAUCAGCUGCAAUACUCUCUAAAAAAUGGCUGGUUUUGCUGUCAUUUUGCUUCUCUUUCACUGUCUGCUUCUCUCUCAACAUUCCUAUUCACUCCCCCUGUGUACAGACUUCAGGGCACCCGCAAAAUUAAAGACACCUUUGGAAUUCUGUCCUUACAAUGGAACUGCAUGCUGUGAUUCAACCAAAGACCUUCAGCUGCAGAAACAAUUUGAAGCUAUGAAUAUCUCUGAUACUUCCUGUGCUUCACUUCUGAAAUCAAUUCUGUGCGCUACAUGUGAUCCCUUUGCAGCAGAGCUUUUCAAGGCCAAAGCAGGGAACCAGAAGCAGCAGAAACCAGUUCCAGGUCUUUGCAACUCAACUGAUUCAGGAAAAUCACAUUCAUCAAAGCAAUCAACAAGCAGCUUCUGUUCAACUGUAUGGAACACAUGCAAGGAUAUAUCUAUCUUGAAAUCGCCCUUUGCACCUUCGUUACAAGGUGGAGCAAAAGGACCAGCACCAAUUGCAUCAAACUUAUCUACACUGGCUGAUCUUUGGCAGUCGGAAAAAACAUUUUGUGAUGUUUUUGGCGCUUCUCCAGACAAUGAUUCUGUGUGCUUUGCUGGCGAGCCCGUCAAACUAAACAAUAACAGUUCAGAGACUGAUGUUCCUCCAAAAGGGCUAUGUUUAGAGAAGAUUGAUGCUGGAAGUUAUAUCAGUAUGGCUCCUCAUCCUGACGGGUCUAAUCGCGCCUUCUUUUCUAAUCUGCCUGGAAAAAUCUGGCUGGCAACAAUUCCUGAGCAAGACUCGGUAGAAAAGUUAGACCUUGACGAAUCAGACCCAUUCGUGGAUUUAACCGAUCAAGUUCUCUUUGACACUAUAUUUGGAAUGCUAGGAAUGGCAUUCCACCCAGAUUUUGCUCAUAAUGGACGCUUCUUUGCUUCCUACAACUGUGAUCGGCUAAAGUCACCCGAAUGUGCUGGAAGGUGUGCAUGUAACUCUGAUGUUGAUUGUGACCCAUCCAAAUUUAACACUUCAGGUAGCUCUACACCUUGUCAAUAUCAAAGCGUUAUUGCUGAAUACACAGCAAAUGGAUCUUCAUCAAACCCUUCAUCGAUGCAAAGUGGCCAACCAACAGAAGUACGGAGGAUUUUCACAAUGGGUUUACCAUUCACAAACAAUCAUGGAGGCCAAAUUCUAUUUGGACCAGAAGAUGGGUACAUGUAUGUCAUGAUGGGAGAUGGUGGAGGAAGAGGUGAUCCCUAUCACUUUUCUCAGAACAAGAAAUCCAUACUAGGGAAGAUUCUAAGACUUGACAUAGAUAAAAUUCCAAGUGAAAAACAAAUAGAUGACCUUGGUCUCUGGGGUAACUAUUCCAUACCACAGGACAAUCAAUAUUCAGGAGACAAGAAUUCAGCACCAGAAAUCUGGGCUAUGGGGCUCAGGAAUCCCUGGCGCUGCAGCUUUGAUGCAGAUAGGCCUUCCUACUUUGUCUGUGGAGAUGUCGGCCAGGAUCAAUAUGAAGAGAUUGAUAUAAUUACCAAAGGUGGAAACUAUGGAUGGAGUAUAUAUGAGGGCCCCAUUCCUUAUAGUUCUGGAAAUGAAACAAAAAAUUCGUCAGCUACCCAAAAUCUGAUUUUGCCAGUAGCAGGUUACACUCAUUCACAAAUCAACAAGAAAACUGGAUCAGCUGCAAUGUCUGGCGGGUUUUUCUAUCGCUCUGAGACUGAUCCAUGCAUGUCUGGCAGGUACCUGUAUGGGGAUUUAUAUGCAAGCAAUAUAUGGGCAGCUACCGAAAAUCCAGAAAAUAGUGGGAAUUUUAGCACAGCAGCAAUGCCAUUUAGUUGUGCCAAAGAUUCACCUCUUCAGUGCAGCACUGCUCCAGGAACUACACUGCCAGCUCUGGGAUACAUAUAUUCAUUCGCACAGGACAACAGGAAAGAUGUCCUCAUUCUAGCCAGCACUGGGGUUUAUAGAGUUGUUCGCCCAAGCCGUUGCAACUAUGCUUGCUCAAAGGAGAUUGCAAGGCCUGCCACUGGUCCAACUCCAAGUCCAUCAUCCCCUUCAAGUAGAGCUCAUUUUAUUGCACCUCUUGGAAAUUGGCUCCCCUUUCUUCUCUGUUUUCUGAUUUUAGAGCAUUUGUACAACUGACACAACUGAAGCCGCAUUUAUCAUUUUGAGCAGUGUUUCAUUCAGUUUCAACUAGGAUAGUCGUAUAGAUAAAGUUCUUUGUAUCUGAAAGAAUUGAAAAAAAAUUAUUUUGACAAAUCUAAAUGAAGUCCACCAAAAAAACAGAUAACAGCA